GAGUGUGUUGGUGUUGGGGGAAGCUGGUGGGUGUUGGGUUUUGGAGAAUGAGAUAAAUGGGCGGAAGGCUCUUCUUCAUCAAAACCAGUCAGAUGUUUCCAGCACAUUGAGAGCAGCUGAGCCGAGCCAGGAUUCCCAUUGCUCAGCGAACUGCAGCUUCAGUUACUGCGUUUGAGGCAGAACCAGGAAGUCAAACUUCCUUUUGUUCUGAACAGGAAUCAGCAGCUCAGAGAGAGACAGGACCAGGAGUUAGUGUGAGGCCAGACUCCAGCCCCAUCAUCACCUGGACACAGAUAUCAGCCCCAAGGAGAUCAGCAGCUCAGAGAGAGAGGGAGAGAGAGAGGCCACGAGGAGGGAAUUCACCUCCGUCAGCAUCUGGCCACAGACAGCACCAAGGAUAAACGUCAAAUGUGAGAAAGAAGGAAAGUCAUUGGACACGCAAGCCUGAUGGUAUUGUCUGGUAGAUCACGUCUGGAUUCCCUGAUCACCUUGUAAACGUUGUUCUACAAUAAACAUAAAUAAGGCUCAACACCUGUCACAAAACUCACCACCAGCUCGGCUGCACUUAGCAGCAAUGAAACGCCUUGUUGGAUCAUUGCUGGGAAAGAGGAAACAAAACUCUGAAACACCGAGACAUGAAAAACCUGAUGAAUCAAUGAAAUGGUCACCAUCACCACAACCAAACACAUCCACAACUGGCGGGAAUGAAACAGCGAGUACAUCUGCAGUUACCCAAACACAUUGUGAUAUGGUUUCAAAUCCCAACCAGUGUUCCAGCAUUUUGGGUGCGUCGAGUGAGAUGGCUUCCAUGGAAACUGAACCGAUUGCCAAUGCACAGGGCGAUGCGAUGAUCUGCGGUGUGCAUCAGACACCCGGCAACACACCAGAAGGCAAUGUCUUCUCUUUACCUGACUUUGAGGAAAGUCUUAAAGAGACGAUAACGAACAAAGGCACAAGCACCUUAUUCACCGAGACCCUGGCCCUGUACAACGGGUACCAGCUGCACAGACUGACAAAGUUCUAUCGGGAUAGAUUGGAACAGGCCAUUGAGGAAGGUGUGGAGGACAUCAGCUCAAGGCUGACACAGAAGGAAUGUUUCAGCCCCCAGGAGCACAAAAAACUCACUGAGCUCACACACAGUGGGAGGAAGAGACAAAGCUCAAAACUUCUUCUGAACAUGGUGAUGGGGAAAGGUUCCCAGGCCAGGAUAGUGAUGUGGGAAUCCUUUGUGAAAAUGAGGCCAACUUUGCAAAACUGA